UUUUACACGCACAGCCAUUACCAUACGCAGCAAGUGGUUGCCGUGCUAGCGUCUGUGAGUUAAUGAAUGUAGUGAAAAUUGUUAUAAGUGUAGUUAAACAGCAAUGGACGAAAGCCAGUCAAGCGAACACAAGGAAGCGUAUUGGCGUCGAGUAAUUCUUAAAUGGGUGAAAUGUGCUGAUCUCGCCACCAGCUACGAUAGCAUCGAUUUAGACACCUGCUAUACCAACUUCCGAUGCAAAAUCAAUGUGUACUGUGAUGUACACGAAAGCACCGUUGCCGAGUUCCUGCGGGCACAGUUUCCGGACUUUGAGCUGGAGCUAAACAAGGAGAACGGAAUACCGAAAUGUGAUGCUGUGUAUGUAUUUUCGUUGAUGCUGUACUUUUCUUGCAUCCGGCACCCGAUUCCAUACUUUCAAAACAUUGGCAAGGAGUUCGAUGUAGCGUACCAACAGAGCAUGAAAGCGUUUCUAAACUCUUUCGUUUCGAAAGACGGCAAUCAAAUCGUCAUCAACCGUUCGUUCCUGGACAAGGCAUUUCAGAAUGCCAAACCAUUUGCAAACGUUUUAAACGACGAAUCCUGCAAUCGAAGUGUUCUUAGCCAGCAGAUGAUCACGAGCACACCGAUCGGAAAGCAUGAAAUAAAGAAACCAUCACCAUCGACGCCGAAAAGUGUAGCGCUUGAGUGGAAGCUGAAAAAUCUCAACGCAUUGCUCGAAGCUGCUCAAAGCGAAAACAUUAGCCAGGACAGAGAAAUAGAGCGUUUGCUGCAACAUGUUAAGGAGCUGCAGGAGGAGAAGAAAAUGUAUCAGGCGAAAAUCAACAUUUUACAGCUUAACGAAACGUGUGCAUGUGGGAACGACUUGACAAACCUACCAAACCCCUCCAGUCGAAUUACAGAACAGCUCCAAAAGCAGCUCGAAUCAAAGGAUAGCGUUAUCGAGCAGCUGCAGGAGGAACUCAGCAAGCUGAAGGAAAGCAUCAGCACGGAAAUGGAACGAUACAUGACAAUGAAAAAACAGUAUGGGAUGCUGCAAGAGGAUAAUCAGCGCAUGAAGCUCGCCGCAGAAGAAUUGAAGGAAGAAAUAACCAUGAAAGAAACCUGCAAUCAAAAUCUGUUUGAAAUCGUUAAAGAUUUACGACGCUUUAUCAGCGAAAAUCAUGUGCAAGGCGCAGGACUGAUGGAAUCGCUGGAGAGUACGUUCGAGUUUUUGGACCAAUCUUUUAAAAAUAUGGCAUCCGAUGACAGCCAAGGUUACGAUUCGGAGAACUUGGCGUCGACAGUGGUAGACAUUAAAUUGAAGGAGAAGGAACAUGAACUCGAAGCAAUGACCAAGAAAACGCAAGAGUUAGAACACGACCUGCAGGCUAUGACAGAGGAUCUCAAUCGGCAGCUGGAGAGAGAUAAGACUCUUAUAAAGGAUCUUAGCUGCCAGAUGGAAUUGCAGAAACAAAUAAACCUAGAGCUGAGUCAGAAAACUGUAGAGCUUCGUCAAGCGUUGGCUGAAGCGGAGAAAGACAAAUCCCAGCUCACCGAAGACCUAGAGAAGAAUAAGGCUAGCGUAAAGGAUCUGAGUAGUCAGCUGGCUGAGUUGGACCAGAAAACCGCUGAGCUUCAACAAGCGUUGGCAAAUACAGAAAGGGGAAAAUUAUUGCUAGCAGACGAUAUUGAGGAGUUUAAGGCUAAGAUCAAGGAGCUGCAAAGUCAGUUGGAAGAAAAAGUACGCGUCCAGAUCGAGCUUAAUGAGAAAAAUAUAGGACUGCUACAGGCGUUGGCUGAAUCAGAGAAAGGCAAAUCACAGCUUUUGGAUGAUCUCGGCAAGGAAAAAUCCAAAACAGCGGACCUGAAUCGUCGCCUGGAACAAGUGGAAAAAACCAAGGCUUUCCACGAACAGUCCUACGCAAAUGUGAGCGACGAAAUGGUUAAGCAGAUUUCUGCACUGCAACUGCACCUAGACCAGGAGAAGGAAAAAUCGGACGAGAUUAAUUGUCAGUAUGUACAGGUCCGCCGACAAGCAGAUGAUCUGGACAAGCAGUGUACAAAGCUGAUGCAGAAGCUAGCCGAGGACCAGAACGAAAUAGCGAAUCUUCAGCAGCAACUUGCAGCGAAACACGCAAAACUGAACGAACUGUGUGCGCUGCACGAGGAGAAGGAAAAAUCGGCCCGCCAACAAGCAGAUGAUCUGGACAAGCAGUGUACAAAGCUAAGGCAGAAGCUAACCGAGGGCCAGAACGAAAUAGCGAAUCUUCAGCAGCAACUUGCAGCGAAAGAUGCAAAACUGAACGAACUGUGUGCGCUGCACGAGGAGAAGGAAAAAUCGGCCCGCCAACAAGCAGAUGAUCUGGACAAGCAGUGUACAAAGCUAAGGCAGAAGCUAACCGAGGGCCAGAACGAAAUAGCGAAUCUUCAGCAGCAACUUGCAGCGAAACACGCAAAACUGAACGAACUGUGUGCGCUGCACGAGGAGAAGGAAAAAUCGGCCCGCCAACAAGCAGAUGAUCUGGACAAGCAGUGUACAAAGCUAAGGCAGAAGCUAACCGAGGGCCAGAACGAAAUAGCGAAUCUUCAGCAGCAACUUGCAGCGAAACACGCAAAACUGAACGAACUGUGUGCGCUGCACGAGGAGAAGGAAAAAUCGGCCCGCCAACAAGCAGAUGAUCUGGACAAGCAGUGUACAAAGCUGAGGCAGAAGCUAGCCGAGGACCAGAACGAAAUAGCGAAUCUUCAGCAGCAACUUGCAGCGAAAGAUGCAAAACUGAACGAACUGCGUGCGCUGCACGAGGAGAAGGAAAAAUCGGACGAGAUUAAUUGUCAGUAUGUACAGGUCCGCCGACAAGCAGAUGAUCUGGACAAGCAGUGUACAAAGCUAAGGCAGAAGCUAACCGAGGGCCAGAACGAAAUAGCGAAUCUUCAGCAGCAACUUGCAGCGAAAGAUGCAAAACUGAACGAACUGUGUGCGCUGCACGAGGAGAAGGAAAAAUCGGCCCGCCAACAAGCAGAUGAUCUGGACAAGCAGUGUACAAAGCUAAGGCAGAAGCUAACCGAGGGCCAGAACGAAAUAGCGAAUCUUCAGCAGCAACUUGCAGCGAAAGACGCAAAACUGAACGAACUGUGUGCGCUGCACGAGGAGAAGGAAAAAUCGGACGAGUAUGUACAGGCCCGCCAACAAGCAGAUGAUCUGGAUAAGCAGUGUACAAAGCUGAGGCAGAAGCUAGCCGAGGACCAGAACGAAAUAGCGAAUCUUCAGCAGCAACUUGCAGCGAAAGAUGCAAAGCUGAACGAACUGUGUACGCUGCACGAGGAGAAGGAAAAAUCGGCCCGCCAACAAGCAGAUGAUCUGGACAAGCAGUGUACAAAGCUGAGGCAGAAGCUAGCCGAGGACCAGAACGAAAUAGCGAAUCUUCAGCAGCAACUUGCAGCGAAAGAUGCAAAACUGAACAAACUGCGUGCGCUGCACGAGGAGAAGGAAAAAUCGGCCCGCCAACAAGCAGAUGAUCUGGACAAGCAGUGUACAAAGCUGAUGCAGAAGCUAGCCGAGGACCAGAACGAAAUAGCGAAUCUUCAGCAGCAACUUGCAGCGAAAGAUGCAAAACUGAACGAACUGUGUGCGCUGCACGAGAAGGAAAAAUCGGACGAGAUUAAUUGUCAGUAUGUACAGGCCCGCCAACAAGCAGAUGAUCUGGACAAGCAGUGUACAAAGCUGAGGCAGAAGCUAGCCGAGGACCAGCACGAAAUAGCGAAUCUUCAGCAGCAACUUGCAGCGAAAGAUGCAAAGCUGAACGAACUGUGUGCGCUGCACGAGGAGAAGGAAAAAUCGGACGAGUAUGUACAGGCCCGCCGACAAGCAGAUGAUCUCGAUGAGCAGUGUACAAAGCUGAUGCAGAAGCUAGCCGAGGACCAGAACGAAAUAGCGAAUCUUCAGCAGCAACUUGCAGCGAAAGAUGCAAAGCUGAACGAACUGUGUGCGCUGCACGAGGAGAAGGAAAAAUCGGACGAGUAUGUACAGGCCCGCCAACAAGCAGAUGAUCUGGAUAAGCAGUGUACAAAGCUGAGGCAGAAGCUAGCCGAGGACCAGAACGAAAUAGCGAAUCUUCAGCAGCAACUUGCAGCGAAAGAUGCAAAACUGAACGAACUGUGUGCGCUGCACGAGAAGGAAAAAUCGGACGAGAUUAAUUGUCAGUAUGUACAGGCCCGCCAACAAGCAGAUGAUCUGGACAAGCAGUGUACAAAGCUGAGGCAGAAGCUAGCCGAGGACCAGCACGAAAUAGCGAAUCUUCAGCAGCAACUUGCAGCGAAAGACGCAAAACUGAACGAACUGUGUGCGCUGCACGAGGAGAAGGUGAAGCAGUUGGAGAAGUCGUGCAAGGAUGGCGAAAUAUUUGCGAUGAAGCUGUUCAGAGCACGGCAUGCGUUGACGGAGAAGGAAGAAUUGUGGGCACAAGAGCGGUCGACCAUGGCGAAGGUGAUGGAGGAAAAGUUACGAGAUGCAAGAAUCGAGCACGAUAGCAAGAUGGCGAAGAUGAAGGACAGAAUGGUAGAGCUACACAAGGAAGGUAAAACCAAGCUCGAAAGCGACGUUCAGGGGUUGCUGUUAACGGUUGACGGCUACAAAAGGAAGGUGGAAAACUUGGAAGUACGGUGCGCUAAGUUGCAGCAACAGCUGGCCGAGAUGAACGAGCGCAAUCUGGAGGUGCGCAAAGAGAAUCAGCUGUUGCAGAUCAGGAUCAAGUCCAUGGACGAGUUUGGCAACGACCGAAAGUCGGUGUUGCUAUCAUCUCAGGCGAACCUGCGCAACAAUUUCAAGAUGGAGGAUGAGGAGGGCGAACUGUUUAACAAUAUGUAUCUGGCCGAUUUAAAAAGUGGACGCUGCGUGUCACCUGGCGGCCCCUCCACUUCCAAUGGCGGUGUGAACCGGUUCUUCGAACUUUCGCAACGCAAUUCGAUGGUUUUGCCACACCUACGCACCAACUAUGUGGCGCUCGAACCCGACUGUGACCCACCGCAGGAUGAUACGCGGGAAAACAUGUCGACCACAUUCGACGACAGUUCGACAGGGCUGAUUUCACGCCGGAAGGUUAGUGGGAUCACGUCCUACAAGCGUCCCGGUCCGCCAACGCCCAGCAAGCGUGCCGGCCGACUUUCGCUAACCGGCGCACUAUCGGUCAACGGUGGGGGCGAGGUACAGUACAAGGAGGUUUUGCGGGACGCGAACGCGAAUGUGGCCGUUACUAGUGGUGGUGGUGGUGGUGCUGCUACUGCUGGUAUCGUCGGAUCCGCAGCGGAUUCGGCGGCACGUACCAGACGAACGAAAACGCCCGGCAAGUUUAAGCAGAUGAUCAGUUCGUCCAGCCUGCUGAACAACUUUCAGCGUGACGAGACAUUUCGCACUAUUUUUGAAUAAUUAAGGAUAACGCUUCCACGCUGCCUAUGGGUACCGCAUACCAGCAACGGUGUGUGGUGGAUAGCACGCCCCAAGCAAUACCGUCCAACACGCUCCUACGCUUAAAUGUUGUUACAAACCAGAAACGGUUGCAACGCGAACUUUUGUUCGAUUCCAAUCGAUGCUUGAGCGAAAGCGUGCCCCCGGUGAACGAACGGACGACCGUACCGUUGGGUACCAUAUUGGAAUGUCCGUUGGCCAAGGAAGAGCAGGAGCAGGUGUUUGCCGACUGUAAUGCACUGGGCGGAAGCAUAGCGGUUCCACCGGGAACUGCGAUACGGACGACAACGGACAGCUACUCCUUCUCCUCUUCCCGGACGAUCCCAUCUACCGUGCUAGACAUGACUGCUGCUGCCAGCACAACGACUACGACUGUAACCGAUACCAGCUUCCAGCAUCCGUACGGUUGCAGCCGGUACAAUAUACUGCGCAAGCAAGAGCUGAGACGCGAAAAGCGUCGCCAGCUGUACGACAGGACGCGUAAAUUAGUGCCCAAAGGCAAACACUGUGCAUCGGUUGCCAUAUCAAUCGGUUCGCCCAAUGUGGACGUUCAGCACGGUAAGGACGGUAACGUGACAACCAACCAAUACGAGGACGCCAGUCUGUACUAUGGGUUUACCAGUGUUGACAUGGAGGAUAGUGCCAUUCCAACGGUCAACUACCCAUUGACGCUCUCUACGAGCAACCGUGCCGGUACCGGCACCAUACCACUGUUUCUUCUAUUCGCGGCUUUGAUCGGCAUGCUAGCUCAGCUCAUGCUCUGCCUCGGUGAUCUGGAUUCCAAUACGUUACUCCGAGCGAACGGGAGUUAGAACCACCGGGUACACUGGAUCUCGGUGGGUUUAGUCCUAUGGGGAGGAAGGGGUUUGGUGCUACAUGGGAUAUUCAACCACAUUUAUUUAUUUAUCCUUAGUGAUCCCUUUUCUGCGAUACGAUAGUGAAAGUAGGAUGUGUUAAUUUAGUUUUAGUUUUUUAUUUUUGUAUGCACGUUCAUAUACUGUGCCAGUUUUAGGAGACUGAGUCGUGGCGGUUGUUUCGUUUGCGCUAGAGAGAGAGAGAGAGAGAAAAAAGUAUUAUUGCUUGACUUUGAUUUGAAAAUUUAGCCCUCGAACGAACGGCGUUGAAAGUGUAGUAACGUUUGCCAACCAAUAAAUAGUUUAUUUUAAGCGAAACGAGACGUACGGUCGAAU